AUGCAGCUCGGAACUAUGGCCGGCGAGCUCUCCCACUUUGUGCGCAAGGUGGAGCGCCUGGUGACCGCGCCCUAUGUGCCCUCGCUGCAGGAUCUUCACGAGGCAGUCCAAAAUUCUUCUCCUUCUGUGAUUGAUCUCUGGGCCUCUCACAAGACCUGCCAGGUGGGUCUGCUGGCUGAUGUUUUGGUGGAUGGCCUGUCGCGGUCGCGCGUGGCUCUGCCUCUUGUUACGGUCUUUGCAUCGACGCCGGUAUUUCGCGAUGCUUUGCUCGAGCGCCACCCGGUCGUUUUAGACACGUUCCUGGAGAAGGCAGUCGGUGAGAGCGGAUCGGAGUAUCUCGCGGCAUCCAUUGCGCUGCUCUCGAUCCCUCUCCCGCAGAAUGUGGUCCCACCAGCUCGCCUGGGCACAUUCAUCAGCGACUUGAUAUCCACUAUGGCGGACAACCCAUGUGCAGACACAAUAACACCGCUUUACAAGAUCAUGAGCGGAUUACAAGGCUCCCCCAAAGUCCUAGAUGACAUCCCAUCAGAAACAAUGUCCAGUCUUCAAACAGAAUUCACCAAGACCCUCCGCAAUCUCGACGACCACAUGGGCAAUCUCUUGUGUCUCGCAACCUUCGCCCGCAUCGCAUCAGCCUGGCAAACAAACCACCACUCUCAACACGGACCAGAGCCGCCUUCGUGGCUGCUUAACAUCAAGCACUUCUUUGGCCCUAAGCGCGGACUGAAGACUCUCGAUCUAGUGGUCUUGCGCGUGAUCCUUGCAUCGUCGGCUAGUUGCAAUAACUUGACUCCGGCUAAAGCUACCGAGAGUGUUAGGUUAGCGAUCUGUAUUGUUGAUGUUGUGGAACCAGAGCAGAAGAGUGCUUGGGUUUCGGGGAAUCGGUCGAAGAUAGUGAAGUUGUGUGAUAAGGUUAUUAGGAAUGGGAUUGAUCGAGAGAUUCAGAUCAUGGGUGCUACAUUCUUGUUGUCCCUGCUUCCUCCAUCCGAGCUGCCGUCUCAGAUUCACGAUAUAGCCCUGGAGACUUUGAUUUCUACGGACAGCUCGCAGAUCUUGAAGAGCAUGCCUGAGUGUCUUGUUCGACGACUUGCGAGGACAUUGGCAGACUCUGGGGAAACUGUUGUUCGCGAGCUUGUAAACUACAUCCUUUCCGCAUUGAAACAUACUGGCUCGCCAGUACAAGACGAUCUAUCAUCCCUUAAGGUGGCGCGUUUGAUUCUGUGUGGGUUGCAGGAAAUGCAGUCACAGUCAGCUCUUUCGUCUAUCCAGACCUUGAUAUCCGCCUUUGGCAAAAAUUCUAUAGGUGGCCUCUUCGAAAAUUUUCCUGCACAAUCAAACCAAACAGACUGUACCGGUUCAGGCACCUGCUCCAGUGUUCUCAACAUGUCGCAUGAUCAGUUGGUUCUCGACUUGUUCGACCUCCACUCCGCGGCCGCUCUUGCACAGAAUGGUGGUGAUAGCACGAUCAUUAAGACCAUGAUGAGCUUUGUGGACCGAGUGGCUAGAUCGCUGCCUGGAAGCAAGUGUGGAUUCUCUAUAGCGAGUCCAAAAGAUUUCCGCGUCACCUUCGCAGUUCAAGAUAGACAUGAUUUCUCAAUCGACCAUGGUUCAAAUCGCAACUGGCGUUCUGGCAUCACUGAGGUUUUGAUGCAAAAUGCACAAGCAUCCCAUGACUGCAUGAUAAAGAAAGUUGAAGACAUCUGCAGCGACCUUGAGCAGCGAUGUUACAACGUCGAAGCCCCUCUGAGGGCCAUUGAAGAAGAACGAAACAGCGCCAUCCACGAAGCUGAGCAACUGAAACAGCAUAAUGAAGAAUUGGAAAUUCGCUUACACGAGUCGUCAAACACUGUCUCUGCUCUUCGGCACGACCUAUCCUGUCUUGAAGAACACGCUGGAAAUGCCUCUGCUCGAGCCGAAGAGUUAUCUGCAUCUCUUGACUCCGCACGGCAUGACCUCCAGGAGCAACAUCAGGCCUUUGAGGAAAAAAUGCGGGCAGAAAUGGAUAAAGCGCGCAGCAGAGAGCUGGAUCUGAUUGCUACGUCGACUGAGAAAGACGAUCGGGUUGAUGAGAUUCGUGAGGAGCUGGACUCUCUGCAAGGCAAAAAGCAACAGAUGCUCCAGACCUUGGAUACUCUGUCACAAGAGAAGGCUUUUGCUUUGGAAGCUUCGGCUUCUCUACGGCAGGAUCUUGUAAAUGCCAAAGCCCUUAUCGAGUCUAGCAGGCUUCUUUCUGUGCAGAAGGAAGACGAGGUGAAGCGUCUCUUGACAGACAGGGAGGAUAUGCUGAUGGAGAUGGGGGCUCUGAAAACAACUGUGGACGAGCAAAGUGUGGAGGUUGAAAGGUUUUAUUGUGCAAUGCAAGAAGCCGAGGAGAAGUUGGGAGCGGAAAUCGACAUGCUGAAGCAGAACCACGAGGUUGAAAUUUCCCAGGCUAUGUCUGAGAUUACCCGACACAAAGAGGAGAAUCAGCGCCUGCAGGCUACCGUAGCCGAUUCCGCAAAGGGAGCACAGUUGCAGAGCAAACGCAUCCAGUAUUUGGAGAAGAAGGUAAACCAAGCAAAGCCGUCCCUUUUUGUUGUGACUCUAACCAUUCCUCUUCAGAUUCAAUCCCUUCGUGACGAAAGAGCUGCCAAGGCCCGAGAGUUUUCAGAGGCUCAGCAGCACAUCAGUCGUUUGAUGGGCGUCAUGGGUUUUGCCACCAAAUCCACAGAGCCCAAAGGUCACAGCAAACACCAACAUGUGAAGUCUGUAACUAAUACCUCCAACACAACACCCACCCAACAAGAAACUAGUCAUGAUGAUGAGGACACACAGCUAGCUCAAUCCUUUGAAUCCCUGGCAUCAAACCUCGGCGCCCCCAAUCCGAAACGACCGAAAAGCAACCGUCGCUCAAUGCAUCCACCUCACUCUCAAGCUCCUCUGCCUGCUCACCAAUUUACACCCAAAGAACCCAAAUCAAAGAACCCCGAUGCGCCAGGUCCACACCAAGCAAUACGGGGACCUCUUAGGGAAGUAGACUGCAACAGUCCAACCAAGACACUAGCAGGCUAUGUACUAAAACAUAGCCAGCAAGAUGAAGAGGAUGUAUCUACGGUCUAUGAAGAGACACAGGUUGAAGAAGAUAAUCUGGAAGAACAUCAGCUUCACGAUCUCAGUUUAGGCAUGGAUCUAGAGUUUUCGAGGGACUUUGUUUUCACAAGCACUACUUUUUCUGGGUCGAAUCAUGAGCCCUUGGCUCCAUGA